UGGCGUCUCUCUCAUAUUAGUAGUGGGAUGGAAAAAGGGAUAUGGCAGAACUACAUUUAAUCGGGCAAAUCAUCGGCGGAACAGAGUUUUCCGAGAAAUCAAUUUGCUGUCGCUGGCAAUUAUCUUCAGGUGAAAAUUGGCGUGUUCUAGAAGGAGCCACUGAAGGCCAGACGCAACUUGACACACCACAAAUCGGUUCUGUGAGCAGCUGGAAUCAUCCACUGGACGUGCACUGGGCUACUCGAGGUCUUCAAGGCUGGCCGCAAAUUCACCUACAGAUUUACCACCUGGACGCUUACUCACGAACCAAUUUGAUAGGCUACGCAUCUGCAUCCAUUCCUACACGUCCCGGCAUCCACUACAUCGACGCUCCGGCCUGGAGACCUUUAGGUACAUUCACUGAGGAGUUGAUGCGUCAUUUCAUUGGCGGUGGAGUCGAGUUGGCUGACGCAGAGCGAAUCCAAAACGGAGCCGAUCGAUCCCGUUUGAGAACUGAAGCCACCGGAAGAGUCUACUUGGAAAUAGGAUUAGUCUUCCGCGAUUUCAAAAAGUUUGGCAUCGAGUACUAG